AUGACAACUACUCAGAAACACGAUCUCUUCACACCAGAGCCUCACUAUAUCCCUGGCUAUGCCGGCUUCUUUCCGCAGCUGCGCUACCAGGUGGGGAACACCUAUGGGCGUACCACGGGGCAGCUGCUCACAGACCCCAGUGUGCAGAAGAGCCCCUGCUCCGUGCUGUCCCCCAUGUCCAAGCACAAGUUCAUUGAGGACUUCAGCCAGUCGAAGCCCCCGAGGGUUCCCUGCCGAGACCUGACGGAGCCCUAUAUCCCCCACUACACCAGUCUGAAGCCCUAUAAGAACUUGGAGAUCCUGGGCCAGCUCCCACCCUUGGAGGUGGACGCCCAGGAGCCACCAGGGGUAGAGAACGUACCCAGACAGAUUCUGCUGCCUGCAGGCUUCAUGCCCUACCCCCCGCACCCUCCGUGCCCGCCAGGCAGGAAGGGAGACCCCAGAGACUUGGGACACCCAGCAUACGGGGAAGAGGCCUGGCAGAGCACCGCUCCUGUCUGCGACGCCCCCAGGCAGCACCAGCUGUACCACUGCCAGAGGGACGAGUACCCACCCCCCGCCCACCAGCAGGAGACACUAGAUGUGGGCAGGUGCUGCAACCAGCGGCUGCCGCAGCUGGACCACCCUAACCUGACCCAACGCAAGGCCAUCUCAGGCUAUGCUGGCUUCAUUCCCCGGUUCACCUGGGUAAUGGGGGUGAAUUACCGAGACGGCGUCACACAAGCCAUGGACGAAUUCGACAAGAGCCAGUUCCUGUUUAGAAACCCCCACUGUGACCUGGGCGAGAAGCUGCCUGGAACACACUGGCCCAGCAACCACAUCUACAGCAGCCAAGGCUUGAUCCCCUUCUACAUGGGGUUCAUCCCCUCCAUGCGGGACAACUACGCGCUGACAUUCGGCAGCAGCACCCGGAGGGCCUACUGGAAGGAAUGGGCAAAGCGAAACCACACACUAUGAAAACGCUUUAAUGGUGGUGUCUGUACAGCAUGGAUGUGGACAGGGAAAACAGCAAAUGCACACAGCGGGACAGGCCACAGGAGAGGCUGAGAGUGAAUAAAGAGUUCACACUGCU